CGGUCGCGAUGCAGAGUGCCCUGUUCCUGGCGCUGCAGCACCACGGCGGGCGGAUGGAGCGGAGCGGCCGCCGCCGCAGCGAGGCAGAGGAGGCUGAGAAAGGCAGGAUGAAGAAGACGAUCAUUAAAGAUUGGAAAACGAGACUGAGCUACUUCCUGCAGAACUCUUCCAAUUCUACUAAAAUGAAAUCUAAGAAAGCGGGGAAACACCGCACCUACUUCAGACCUUCCCCUGAAGAAGCCCAGCUGUGGUCAGAAGCCUUUGAUGAACUUCUUGCUAAUAAAUAUGGUCUUGCUGCUUUCCGAGCUUUUCUGAAGUCUGAGUUCUGUGAAGAGAACAUCGAGUUCUGGUUGGCUUGUGAGGACUUCAAGAAAACCAAGUCACCCCAGAAGCUGACAUUGAAAGCGAAAAAAAUCUACAAUGACUUCAUUGAAAAGGAAGCUCCCAAAGAGAUAAACAUAGACUUCCAAACCAAGAACAUGAUUGCGCAGAAUAUUCAAGACGCCACACAUACCUGCUUCAGCGCAGCACAGAAGAGAGUUUACAGCUUAAUGGAGAAUAACUCAUACCCCCGGUUUUUGGAAUCUGAAUUCUAUCAGGAGCUGUGCAAGAAGGCACCUGUCACCAGAGCAGCCCAGGGGACAUGAGAGAUGGAGAAGAGCGAGAAGAAGCCUUUCAGCUAGUGAGGAAACAAGCCACAGCUCAUGGUGGCAUCCUGACCUGAAAGACUGAGAUACCAAGCGCUCAGUCUGUUUGCCAUGGUGCAAGGACAAAUACUGACUUUGCUGCAAAGCCGAUAGCAAAGACUGAUGCCGUUGGAGGACAUUCAGAGGGGAUGGCAGAAGUGCCAUCAAGAAGCUGCUGGCAAAGUGCUUCACUGCGAGUGCUGCAGUGAGAGGGGACUCCAUGCAUUAGACCAAACUGUGGGGUGUAAGAGUCCGUGUGUGGCAGCUGAGGUGGCGAUGCAGCAGGUCAGAACAGAGCUUCCUUCCUGUAAACAGAAGCUGCUCUGUACAGUUGUGCAGCGCUGACAACUUGAGUAAUUGGUUGUGUACUUAUUUUUCCUAAACAUCAACCAGCGCUGCCAUCGUCAGUCACUCGGUGCGUUCACACUGGUUCUGUGAACUGCCUCUAGCUGCAAAGAGAUGUGUUGGGUUUCUGUGCAACUUCAUGCCACACAGCGCUGUUGCUGUCUGGAAGCCAGGAAGGGAUACAACUCUGUUCCUGGAGGAACAGGUUCUGCAACUAGAGUAUGCAGGGCUGGGUUGUCUCCGUGCAGUUGAAGGCAAAACUUGGCCAAGGCGAACAGGAGCUAUAUAGUAUUAUAUUUAUAUGUGGAUUAUGAUUGUGUUAUGAUGCUGCAAUAAUGUCAUAAUUUUGUCUUGAGGAUAGCAAGCUUCAGUGAAGCUUAUUGUUUUUUAAUAAAUUGUUUUGAUACAAA